GCAGCAUUUGCAUGGAGUCUGGCUGCGACGUUGUGACGCGCUGUGGCCAUGUUUUCCAUCGUGACUGCAUCGAAGCCGUACUCAAAACGCUCGGCCGCGGUAGUGCGGGGCAGUGCCCACUCUGCCGGGGUCCAAUCAAGAAGGCUGAGCUCUUGGAAAAGCCUGCAGAGUUGGAGGUGGUGGAGGGCGACGAUGACGGCAGCAUCCCUGCUGGCGCAAGCGCCAAGAUUAAGGCGGUUCUGGCAUUCCUGGAAAACAACGUGGUGAAGAAGAACGACGAACACUUGCAGAAGCCGCACAAGGCGGUCGUGUUCUCGCAGUUCACCAGCGUGCUCAAUCUUGUUCAGACGGAGCUGAGUCGCCGAAAUUUGCCCUUUGUUCGGUUGGACGGCUCCAUGAAGCACGAGCAGCGAGUACAGGCACAGCAGAGCUUCGCUGGGCAUGGGCACAUUCAGGUCAUGCUUUGCAGUCUCAAAGCCGCGGGCACAGGCCUGAACCUUACUGCGGCGGACUUUGUGCUGUUGAUUGAUCCGUGGUGGAAUCCUGCCGUGGAGGAUCAGGCCAUUGAUCGCCUCCACCGUCUCGGCCAGCGCCGUCCCGUGCGGGCGCUGCGCUUCGUGGCCGAGCGCACCGUCGAGGAGCGCAUCCUCGACGUGCAGAAACAGAAGCGGGCCAUCGUGGAAGGUGCCCUCUCCAAGAAAUCGCGCGACGAGAUACAGAAGAUUCGCCUGGAGAUGAUGGCCUCCAUCUUUGAGCCAAUGUAG